AUGACAGCAGCAACUCAAUACUGCAACCAAGCUGGUGAGGAAGACUUCGGCGACUUUGUGGAAAUGGAUUUGGAAGAGAUUGCCGAGCCCUGCGACAAAUAUGAUAAACAAAAAACCCCAGAUGUCUUCUAUCCCAUCCGCCUCGGAGACCUGAUCAAUCAGAGGGCCAAUGGCCGCCAAAAUACCAGAGACGUUGCCCUCAAGAUGAUGUUCGCGGGAGAAUCGGGUCAGAGGGAAAUCCGCCUGCAGGACGAGAUCGUUCGGAAUUUGCUAGAGGCGUUGAGGAUUCUACACGAGGCCGGAAUUGUCCACCGUGGUUUGAAUGGGAAAAAUUGGAAAUUCCACCUCGAUGACUUUGGUCUGGCGAAGAAAGUGAGCGACCCCGAGACUCCUCGUGGCUAUCCACCAUUGCAAGAUUUUGUUGGGAUAUGUAAUGAUAUACCCCAUAUAAUGAUAAGUUGGCCAGCUGCCAAAAACGGCGACCUUUGA